AUGGGAAAACUAUACGCCAUCUCAGACGUGCACAUCUCCCACAAAUUCAACCACGAAGCCAUCCACCUCCUCAAACCCCACCCAGACGACGCCCUCAUCCUAGCCGGCGACGUUGGCGAAAAACUCGAGCACCUCCACGAAUGCUUCUCAUUAACGACCAGACUCUUCAAGCAAGUCUUUUGGGUGCCCGGGAACCACGAGCUGUACACUCUACCACACCCCAAUGAUGUCGCACAUGAAGACAACGCGAUGAGCCCGCACACGCCGGCCACAACGCAUAUACCGGAGCCAGACAACUUGAGAGGCGAGGCGAAGUACUUUGAGUGUGUCAAGGUUGCUAAUGAGUAUGGAGUUAUUACGCCCGAAGACGAGUAUGUGACCUGGCAUUCGGAUGAGUCAGCGAACGCGGUGAAGGCAUUGAUAUGUCCUAUGUUUCUGCUUUAUGACUACUCGUUUCGUCCUCCUGAUGUGAGUCGAGAGCAGGCGCUGGACUGGGCAAUGGAGCAUAAUAUACGAGCUACGGAUGAGGCACUGCUGCAUAGUGACCCUUAUAAGAGUCGCGAUGCGUGGUGUGAUGCGUUGGUCACCGAGACGGAAAAUAGAUUGAAGAUUGCGCUGGAUAAGAAGGAUGCAGACACGAAAGUUGUUCUUAUCAAUCACUGGCCGUUACGCGAAGACACGAUUUGCAUACCGAGCAUUCCACGCUUUAGUCUAUGGUGUGGUACGAAGAGGACUGAGGAUUGGCAUGUUCGGCACAAAGCGGAUGUUGUCGUGACUGGUCAUCUGCACGUGAGACGGACAGAUUGGAUUGAUGGAGUUAGGUUUGAGGAGGUUUCUCUCGGCUAUCCUAAGCAGUGGGAGGAUGCGAGAGGGAAAGGGAAAGGCGUCAAUGAGAUGUUGAGGGAGAUCCUACCUGAUCCGCGUGAGCAAAUAGAUAGGAAUGGAGAUCAGGCUUCAGAGGGACGCAAGACUCAAUGGAGACGGUAUGGGUGA